UUGAUUGCAAAGGUUGACGUAAUCGGGGAGGAAGUGGAAGAGGAGACCGCAUCGGAACCACAAAGUCGUCUGAGCUAUUUCAACAAAUUGCACGACAAUUUGAAAGCUGUGACCGGUCUGGCAACUAUGGAGGAAAUACUGGCCCGUAUUGAGGGACAACAGCAGACACAUUCAAAAUUGAAUGAGAUCGGGUUACAAAACGAUUAUGAAUUGAGACAAUUAAAAAAUCAAAGAAAUAAACUGAAGGAUGAACUGAAUGAUAUACGCACCCAUUAUGAACAGAAAAGAGAUGAGUAA